AUGAAGGGUUACAAACCAAGCAAGAACGAUGGUAGCAGCAACACUACUAAACCAGAAAAAAUGCCAAUCUCAUUUUCAGAUAGCGAUCUUGCUCUUCCCAUGGUAAUCAAACUCCAAAUCACCAACAACACUGUUUCAAGAGUCUCCGUCAAUCCUGGAAGUCAAGCCAACAUUCUCUACAUGUCCGCAUUCUUGAAGAUGGGACUUUCAGAGUCAAUGCUGAAACCAUUCAAAGCAUAUCUCAAGGGUAGCUUUGGUGGUGGUGUACCUGUGAAAGGAUACAUCGAUUUGGAUACAACAUUUGGUAAAGGAGAAAGCGCCAAGAUGUUGAAGGUAAGGUAUUUGGUUAUUGAUUCAUGGUCUGUUUAUAAUGUUGUUAUUGGCAUGCCUACUGUUGCUGAGUUAGGAGCAGUGGUCUCAACCGUACACCUCAGUAUGAAAUAUCCUAUUGGAGAUGGAAUGGUUGGAGUUGUCAUGGCGGAUCUUGAGAUGGCCAAAAAGUGUCACGAAAUGUCUCCUCAUUAUGUGGGUUAG